AUGGCAUCGGCGCAAGCCUCUGCCACGCCACAUCCUCCGCACAUCCUGACGCCUUCCAGUCCAGCAACGGUAAAUAAGCACACUCCCAUUGCACCAACGCCAGGUUCAACCAUCCCGCAGACUUCCUUUAUAAGUAAACAGUGGAGUAUUCCACCACGGCCAAAGCCGGGUAGAAAACCAGCAGGAGAUGCCCCACCGACCAAGCGAAAGGCUCAGAAUCGAGAAGCACAAAGAGCCUUUCGCGAGCGACGAGCAGCUCGGGUUGGUGAGCUCGAAGAACAACUCAAAGAGUCUCAGGACGAUUUCCGGAAGGAGAAUAGUGAGCUCAAAGAAACAGUACACCGGCUGCAGAACGACAUUCAAUAUUACAUCAAUUUGGUCGCAUCCUAUGAGCGAAAGACCGUAGAAUUAGAAGGAACUUGCCACAGAGAGACAUGGCAAAGACAGCAAGCAGACUCGGAGAUCGAAGUGCUGAGGACAAGAAGUCGAGAGAUCAGGGAGAACAUCAGCUCGCAGAAUCAGGUCUACCAACCUGGCCAGGCUCUAAAUCAGCAAGAAAAUACGGAUGUCACUGAUGAGGGCGUGACUUGUGGUAGGUGCACCGAUGACAACGACCGCUGUCGGUGUGUCGAGGAAUUCUUAACUCCGGUUGGGCAUGCAGAGGAUGGAGCACAAUUCAAUGCCAAGCGGACUCACUCACCUUUCAAAGAGGCGGAGACGAAACGGGCUCGUCUGAGCGACAUUCACGAAGAUUUCGAGAAUAACGAGAUAGACUUCACUGCACAAUUUGCGUCUCGGAAAGCUACAAAGAUUCCAUCGUCAACCGUAAACGUUGCUUCCGAGCCCUCCAAUAUGGCUCCGGACCGAUGUGGCUUCUGUAACGACGAGACUGAGUGUAUAUGUGCCGCUAUCGCUACAGAAAUAUCUCAGCAGCAGGGAUCAGCUCAGCAAGUGGGUGAUCUCGAUCAGACAUUAAAUGCAAGCUCUACCAAUGAGAUCUCGAAUUCUUGCACCAAAAACCCCGGUAAUUGUGCCCAAUGCCGCGCUGAUCCUCAAAGCAAAGUCUUCUGUCGAACUUUCGCGGCGACCAGAGCAACUGUGACAGAUAAGUCUGCAUCCACAACAGCCCGAAACACCUCAAAUACAGCGACAGAGCGUACGUUCUCCUGCGCUGACGCCUUUACUCGACUAUCACAGCAUCAGGGGUUUCCGCAAGCAAGUCAUGACCUUGGCUCAUGGGUUUCCCAAUUGGCAGCAGUGCCACGCACAGACGAGACAGAAGGCAGAACUGCGUUUGAGAUUGAAGCUGCAAGUGUUAUGAGCGUCCUCAAGUUCUUCGACAAACGGUUUGGUCAGGAUCCUCAGCGACAGUAG